GAAAGUGGAAGAGAGUAACACCUUUCUGUUGAUUCGACAUAAAACACCGCAGAUGAGCGAUGAUCAUACACGAUGACCGCUGUCAUGAAUCUACAGUGUUUAUGACUGUCCGCGUUUAAACUUGCCUCAGCGAGAGACUUUAAGUUUUCUCUAUGUGACACAUUUCUCCUGUGAAAGUCGCAAUGGAUCGAUCAGUCAAUUCUGGCACUGCCAGUACAUCUGACACCGAAGGUCGUUGUCAACGCUGGAGGAAUUGUGUUGCGUUCUGGUUGCUGGGGCUUUGCAAUAACUUUGCAUAUGUGGUGAUGCUGAGCGCAGCACAUGACAUCUUACAGAAACAAGAGUCUCAAAACACAACAGCACCUAGUCCAGCUCCAAAUGGGACUAACAUAGAAUUCAGGAACAGUAGCAACAGCAGUCGCUAUGACUGCAAUCCUGUGUCCACUGCUGCUGUGCUGUUGGCUGAUAUCCUACCCACCCUAUUAAUCAAACUCACAGCACCUUUCUACAUACACAAAGUGCCUUAUGGAUUCCGUGUUUUGGUGUGUUUCUUUACGGCAGUAGUCAGCUUCCUGAUGGUGUCAUUUUCAUCAACAAUAUCGAUGAGCAUAAUUGGUGUCAUCUUUGCAAGUGUUAGUUCAGGAUUGGGAGAACUUUCCUUCCUCUCGCUCUCAGUGUUUUUCAGCAGUGACGUGUUAAGUGGCUGGGGGUCCGGCACAGGGGCAGCAGGAGUCGCUGGAGCUUUACUCUACUCUGCAUUAACACAGGCUGGCCUGACCCCACAAGUUACUCUAUGGAUCAUGCUGGUGGUCCCUGUUAUUUUGGCUGUUAGCUAUUUUGUCCUCCUGGUGUUUCCGCACUCAUUUCCACAGUGGAGAUGCCCCGAGGUUAGUCAGAGCCUUUCCAGAGGGCUGAACUCUGAGGAGAGACGAGCUUUAAUUGAGGAGGACACGGAUACAGAUGAGGACUCUGAACCAGCUCUGGAAGAUCAAGAUGACAAACACAUCGGACCCCUAACCUUCACUGAGAAAAAAUACAUCAUUAAGGGUCUGUUGAAGUUUAUUUUUCCUCUUGCUUUGGUUUACUUUGCUGAGUAUUUCAUCAACCAAGGACUGAUGGAGCUACUCUACUUUCCUGACUCCAGACUUUCACACGCUGAACAAUAUCGCUGGUAUCAGACAGUUUAUCAGAUUGGAGUGUUUGUGUCGCGUACGUCUCUCUUCUGUUUUAAAAUCAGGAAGAUUUUUCUCAUGUCCCUCUUACAGUGUGCCAAUGCUGUUCUGUUGGUAUUCGCGGUGUAUUACCAGUUCUUGCCAAACAUAUCUGUGGUGUUUGUUAUUAUUGCCUUUGAGGGUCUAUUGGGAGGAGCAGCAUAUGUAAAUACCUUCUUUUUCAUCAGGGAGGAGAGUGUUGAGCGGGAGAGAGAGUUUGCGAUGGCCACAGCCACCGUAGGGGACAGUCUGGGAAUUGCUUUUUCUGCAGCUGCUGCCUUCCCCGUUCACCAUUAUUUCUGCUCUUUAUGAGUGCAUCAGGAAAAAAAUUACAUUUGCUAAUCAUGUGUUGAUUUCAUACACCUGAAAUUUACAAUAACCAUAUUCCCUUUUAUGCUUUAAAGUCGUUCGUAGUGAUUUGACUAAUUAUUAUUUCUGUUGAUUUUCAAUUUUAACAUUUUUUAAAAAAACAUUCUGACUUACUAAAGUUGCAUCUCAUCAAAGACUGAAUCAUUUUUGGUGAAUUUUUAUAAUGUGUGCUUUAAUUUAUUGUCUUCUUUGUAAAUCCUAAUCAGGGAAUAAAGUGUUAAUGUUCCUGA